AUUUUUUCUCUUUCUAUUUUGCUUUUUUUUUUAUUUUAUAUGGUAUCCAUCGCUUUGAAACCAUCAAAUUUGAUCUCCUUCCAUAUUUCACAAGCUGCGGCUAGUUCAGCACUCCAUUUGCAAGCUGCUUUGAUAAUUUCAUUACCUUCACGAGCAAGAUCGCGCCCUUCGUUACGAGCUUGUACACAGGCUUCUAAAGCCACACGAUUAGCUGCUGCACCAGGUGCAUUUCCCCAAGGAUGUCCUAAAGUUCCUCCACCAAAUUGUAAUACGGAAUCAUCUCCAAAGAUUUCGGUCAGAGCUGGCAUAUGCCAAACAUGAAUACCCCCAGAAGCCACCGGUAUAACACCUGGCAUGGAUACCCAGUCCUGAGUGAAAAAGAUACCGCGAGAACGAUCUUUUUCAAUAAAAUCAUCGCGCAAUAAAUCAACAAAACCUAAAGUUAUUUCGCGUUCCCCUUCUAACUUACCUACUACUGUACCGGAGUGGAUAUGAUCUCCCCCCGACAUACGCAAUGCUUUAGCUAAUACACGGAAAUGCAUACCAUGAUUUUUCUGUCUAUCAAUAACUGCAUGCAUUGCUCGGUGAAUGUGAAGAAGUAGGCCGUUGUCGCGGCAAUAAUGAGACAAAGUAGUAUUUGCGGUGAAUCCUCCUGUUAAGUAGUCAUGCAUUACAAUAGGAACCCCUAAUUCCCUUGCAAAUACAGCUCUCUUAAUCAUUUCUUCGCAUGUACCUGCAGUCGCAUUCAAGUAAUGCCCCUUGAUUUCACCAGUUUCGGCUUGUGCUUUAUAAAUUGCUUCGGCACAAAAGACAAAACGGUCUCUCCAGCGCAUAAAUGGUUGUGAGUUUACGUUUUCAUCAUCUUUGGUAAAAUCAAGUCCACCGCGUAGACACUCAUAACACGCUCUACCGUAAUUUUUUGCGGAUAAUCCCAAUUUUGGUUUAAUAGUACAUCCCAAUAAAGGACGACCGUACUUGUUCAACUUAUCCCUUUCAACUUGGAUACCGUGAGGCGGACCUUGGAAAGUUUUUGAAUAAGCAGGGGGAAUUCGUAGAUCCUCCAAACGUAGAGCGCGUAAGGCUUUGAAACCAAAUACGUUACCCACAAUGGAAGUAAACAUGUUAGUAACAGAACCCUCUUCAAAUAGGUCUAAUGGAUAAGCUACAUAACAGAUAUAUUGAUCUGGGUCCCCAGGAACGGGCUCGAUGUGAUAGCAUCGUCCUUUGUAACGAUCAAGACUGGUAAGUCCAUCAGUCCAAACAGUUGUCCAUGUACCAGUAGAAGAUUCCGCAGCUACUGCAGCUCCUGCUUCUUCAGGCGGAACCCCGAGCUGAGGAGUUACUCGGAAUGCUGCCAAGAUAUCAGUAUCCUUGGUUUCGUACUCCGGGGUGUAGUAAGUCAAUUUAUAAUCCUUAACACCAGCUUUAAAUCCAACACUUGCUUUAGUUUCUGUUUGUGGUGACAUAAGUCCCUCCCUACAACUCAUGAAUUAAGAAUUCUCACAACGACAGGGUCUACUCGAUAUGGAUUAGGCGUAAAUGAAACCUUUGCAAAAAUCUAAAAAAAAAGAUAUUUAAUUAAUAUCAACUCAUUAAAUAAAAAAAGGAGUAUGCUUAAGUUAAUGAAUAUGUUUUUCAUAUAUAAUGUGUACACCCUGUGUACGUUCUAUCCUAUAGGAAUUUUACUAUAGGAAUUCGAUAGGAAGGAAUUCGAUAGGAAUUGAGUUGUUGUUAUGGUAAGUUAACACGGUUCGUUAUUAAACCGUGGAUUUGAUUCACCAAAUCCAUCAUUAUUGUAUACUCUUUGAUAGAUAUAGCGCAACCCAAACCCUAAUCUUUAUUUUACAAUUUUUAAAGUUCUUCCCCUUUGAUAUUUUGAAUCUAAAUACCUAAAUACUAAGAAAAUUCUCUGUUGACAGCAAUCUAUGCUUCACAGUAGUAUAUAUUUUGUAUAUCGAAGUCCUAGAUAGGAAAGUAGAGUAGGCACAGAUCCUUCACAAAAGGCGAAAUUUAUAUGAAAAAAAUGGAUUGAACUUUCCAACGGAUUCAUUCCAUAAGUAAACGAUUGAAUGGGAUUCGCUUGGGCAACGAAAUCAAGUGCGAGUCCCCUUUUCUUUUUUAUUGAAUUAACUAAUUCAUUUCCUUUUGACUUUUGGAUUUUUGGAUAUUUUUUUUGAUUUGGCAUUAUUCAACAAGAAAAAAAAUUUCGACAAAUUCCUUUUUUUUUGAAAAUUAUGUGAUAAUUAUGAGAACCAAUCCUACUACUUCGCGUCCCGGGAUUUCCACAAUUGAAGAAAAAAGCGUAGGGCGUAUUGAUCAAAUUAUUGGACCCGUGCUGGAUAUCACUUUUCCCCCGGGCAAGUUGCCUUAUAUUUAUAAUGCUUUGAUAGUCAAGAGUCGAGACACUGCCGAUAAGCAAAUUAAUGUGACUUGUGAGGUACAACAAUUAUUAGGAAAUAAUCGAGUUAGAGCUGUGGCUAUGAGUGCUACAGAGGGGUUGAUGAGAGGAAUGGAAGUGAUUGACACGGGAACUCCUCUCAGUGUUCCAGUCGGUGGAGCUACUCUCGGACGAAUUUUUAACGUUCUUGGGGAGCCUAUUGACAAUUUGGGUCCUGUGGAUACUAGUGCAACAUUUCCUAUUCAUAGAUCUGCGCCUGCCUUUAUCGAGUUAGAUACGAAAUUAUCUAUCUUUGAAACAGGUAUUAAGGUGGUCGAUCUUUUAGCUCCCUAUCGACGUGGAGGAAAAAUCGGACUGUUUGGGGGGGCAGGAGUAGGUAAAACAGUACUCAUCAUGGAAUUAAUCAAUAACAUUGCUAAAGCUCAUGGAGGCGUAUCCGUAUUUGGCGGAGUAGGGGAACGGACUCGUGAAGGAAAUGAUCUUUAUAUGGAAAUGAAGGAAUCCGGAGUAAUUAAUGAAAAAAAUAUUGAGGAAUCAAAGGUAGCUCUAGUCUAUGGCCAAAUGAAUGAACCGCCGGGAGCUCGUAUGAGAGUUGGUUUAACUGCCCUAACUAUGGCAGAAUAUUUCCGAGAUGUUAAUAAGCAAGACGUGCUUUUAUUCAUCGAUAAUAUCUUUCGUUUUGUUCAA